AUGGGGAGUCUCAGGAGUAGAGGGAGAAACGAGAUAGAUGAGAUUGAGCAGCUUUCGAGAGAAAGCAGUCAUUUCAGUCUUUCCACUGGAAUUUUACCUUCGCUGGGAGCUAGAAGUAACCGACGAGUUAGGCUGAAGAGAUUCGUCGUAUCUCCUUAUGAUCACAAAUACAGGAUAUGGGAGGCUUACCUAGUGGUUCUUGUGGUAUAUACUGCAUGGGUUUCUCCAUUUGAGUUUGGGUUCUUGAGAAAGCCAAGACCACCACUCUCUAUCACCGACAACAUUGUGAAUGCAUUCUUCGCUAUGGACAUCAUCAUGACUUUCUUUGUUGGUUACCUCGACAAAUCAACUUACCUACUCGUUGAUGAUCGUAAAUUGAUUGCUAUUAAGUAUUUGCGUUCUUGGUUCCUCCUUGAUCUCGUAUCAACUAUCCCCUCAGAGGUGGCAAUGAGAAUCUCAUCUCAGUCUUAUGGAUUAUUUAACAUGCUUCGUCUUUGGCGUCUUCGGAGAGUCAGUGCCUUAUUUGCCAGGCUUGAGAAAGACCGCAACUUUAACUACUUCUGGGUCCGAUGCGCAAAACUCAUUUGUGUCACUCUUUUUGCGGUGCAUUGUGCAGCAUGUUUCUAUUACCUUCUCGCAGCACGCAAUCAUGAUCCAGUGAACACUUGGAUUGGAGCAACAAACAAAAACUUUCUAGAGGAUACCUUGUGGAUGCGAUAUGUAACUUCCAUGUACUGGUCCAUCACUACUCUAACCACUGUUGGUUAUGGUGAUUUACAUCCGGUGAACACAAAGGAGAUGAUAUUUGACAUUUUCUAUAUGCUCUUUAACUUGGGAUUAACUGCAUACUUAAUCGGUAACAUGACCAAUUUGGUAGUCCAUGGAACAAGCCGGACUAGAAAUUUUAGAGAUACAAUACAAGCUGCUUCAAAUUUUGCUCGUAGAAACCAUUUACCACCUCGUCUACAAGAUCAGAUGCUUGCACAUUUAUGUUUGAAGUAUAGGACUGACUCUGAGGGGCUGCAACAGCAAGAGACUCUUGAUGCACUCCCAAAAGCCAUUAGAUCGAGUAUAUCACAUUUUCUUUUCUACUCCCUCAUGGAUAAAGUCUACCUGUUUCGCGGAGUAUCCAAUGACCUUCUAUUCCAACUGGUCUCGGAAAUGAAAGCAGAGUAUUUUCCACCAAAAGAAGAUGUUAUCUUGCAGAACGAAGCGCCAACAGACUUCUACAUCCUUGUGAACGGUACCGCGGACUUAAUGGUUAACAAUAGUGGAACAGAAACUGCUGAGAAAGAGGUUAAAGCUGGAGACAUUAUAGGGGAGAUAGGAGUCUUGUGCUAUAGACCACAACUGUUUACAGUGAGGACAAAACGGCUGUGCCAACUAUUGCGUAUGAACCGUACCACUUUCUUGAAUAUUAUUCAAGCAAAUGUUGGAGAUGGUACCAUUAUCAUGAAUAAUCUACUUCAGCAUCUGAAAGAAAUGAAUGAUCCACUGAUGGAACAUGUUCUAUUGGAGACCGAAAACAUGCUUAAACGGGGUAAAAUGGAUCUUCCCGUCAAUUUAUUCUUUGCUGCUAUAAGAGAAGACGAUAUGCUUUUACAACAGUUGCUGAAGAGAGGACUUGAUCCUAACGAAUCAGACAACAAUGGUAGAACACCUCUGCACAUAGCAGCAGCAAAAGGAAGUCUGAAUUGUGUGCUUCUUCUGUUGGAUUCCCACGCAGACCCUAAUUGUAAAGAUACGGAAGGGAAUGUGCCAUUGUGGGAAGCAAUGGUGGAAGGGCACGAGAGUGUUGUAAAAGUGCUGUUAGAGCAUGGUGCAACGAUAGACGCAGGGGACGUGGGUCACUUUGCAUGCACGGCAGCUGAGCAAAGCAACUUGAAGCUAUUAAAGGAAAUAGUGAGACUUGGUGGAGACGUUACCCGUCCUAGAGCCACAGGGACUUCAGCACUCCAUGCAGCUGUAUGCGAAGAGAAUAUUGAGAUGGUUAAGUAUCUUUUGGAGCAAGGUGCUGAUGUUAACAAACAAGACAUGCAUGGUUGGACGGCGAAGGAUCUUGCUGAGCAACAAGGACAUGAGGAUAUUAAAUCCUUGUUCCGAGAAAGAAUACAUGAGAGGGUGCGUAUCGAGUCAAGUUCUUCAGUGCCUAUACUCAAAACUGGAACCCGGUUCUUGGGAAGGUUUACUAGUGAACCAAACAUACGUCCCGUAUCAAGAGACGUGUCUUUCAGGAUCCCGGAAGCAAGACCAAGAAGGAAAACUAACAACUUCGAGAACUCCUUGUUUGGGAUAUUAGCUAGUCAAAGUGUACACAAGAAUGGUCUAGCUACUGUAGAAGAAGGCAAAACCGGGAAUCCGGUGAGGGUGACGAUUAGUUGCGCCGGGAAAGAUGAGGUAGCAGGGAAGCUGGUGCUACUUCCCGGGAGUUUCAAGGAGUUGCUAGAAUUGGGUUCCAACAAGUUUGGUAUUGUUGCUGCCAAAGUUAUGAGCAAAGAGAACAACGCUGAGAUUGAUGAUGUUGAUGUUAUUAGAGAUGGUGAUCAUCUUAUAUUUGCUACCGAUUCGAACCACCCAUAG